UUAACUACAGGAUGGGACCUUCAAAACAGUGAGUUUCAUUUCAUCCGAGGAAUGUCCAUUAAGAGAUCCCAUUGAGAAUUCUACACUGUCUCCUGCCUCCACAAUCAUGGCUCCAGAGAAAACCAGUGACGGGUUGGACAACUAUGCAUUUACUGUUGACGGUGUAGACCAUUUCUGUGAGUUACCAGAGAAUAAAAAUGGAAGUGAUAAUUUCUCAGAGGAGGGAGAUGGUAGCAAGCUGGCAUAUUGUGUCACUGAUAUUCCACCAUGGUACCUUUGCAUCUUUUUGGGGAUUCAGCACUAUCUUACAGCUUUUGGUGGCAUCAUAGCCAUUCCUCUGAUACUGUCUCAGGGCCUCUGUCUACAACAUGACAGCCUCACGCAAAGUCACCUAAUCAGCACCAUCUUCUUCGUGUCUGGGGUGUGCACUUUACUGCAGGUCACUUUCGGAGUGAGGUUACCCAUUCUCCAGGGUGGAACUUUUACACUCCUGUCGCCCACCAUGGCUUUGCUAUCGAUGCCUGAAUGGACCUGUCCAGCUUGGACACAGAACGCAAGCCUGGUCAACACGUCCUCGCAUGAGUUCAUUAAUGUUUGGCAAAGUCGAAUGCAAGUGCUCCAAGGCUCGAUCAUGGUGGGCUCCCUAUUCCAAGUGCUAGUGGGAUUCUCUGGUCUAAUUGGCCUCGUCAUGCGUUUCAUUGGCCCUUUGACCAUCGCACCAACUAUUUCACUAAUCGGCCUAUCACUGUUUGACUCCGCUGGCAUGAACGCAGGACACCACUGGGGCAUCUCUUCCAUGACGACAUGUUUGAUCGUGUUUUUCUCGCAGUAUCUUCGCCAUAUUUCCAUUCCCUUCCCCAAAUACAGCAAAGCCAAGAAGUUUCACACCAGCAGGAUUUACAUAUUUCAGAUUCUGCCUGUCCUGCUAGGAAUCACUCUGUCUUGGUUGAUUUGCUACCUGCUGACAAUCUACAAUGUCCUGCCCUCAGACCCUGAUAAAUAUGGCUAUCUAGCUCGGACUGACAUUAAAGGAGAUGUUAUGGGCAGGGCACCUUGGUUCAGAUUUCCUUAUCCGGGUCAAUGGGGAGUGCCAACUGUUAGUCUGGCAGGAGUUUUUGGAAUCCUGGCAGGGGUCAUAUCCUCCAUGAUAGAGUCAGUGGGGGAUUAUCAUGCUUGUGCCAGGUUAUCUGGUGCCCCACCACCUCCGAGACAUGCCGUCAACAGAGGCAUUGGCAUUGAAGGCAUCGGGUGUCUGCUGGCAGGUGCCUGGGGAACAGGCAACGGAACCACAUCCUACAGUGAGAACAUAGGAGCCUUGGGUAUCACUAAGGUUGGCAGUCGCAUGGUGAUUGUGUGCAGUGGCUUUGUAAUGAUUAUAAUGGGAAUAUUUGGGAAAAUUGGAGCCAUUUUUACUACAAUACCAACACCUGUUAUUGGAGGAAUGUUUCUGGUCAUGUUCGGGGUCAUUAUGGCUGCUGGUGUUUCAAAUCUUCAGUAUACAGACAUGAACUCUUCACGCAACAUCUUCAUUUUUGGAUUCUCCAUGUUCACUGGACUUGCUAUUCCCAACUGGAUAAUGAAAAACCCCACAUCCAUAGCAACAGGAGUUGUUGAACUGGACCAUGUACUUCAAGUGCUACUGACAACCAGUAUGUUUGUUGGAGGAUUCUUUGGAUUUCUUCUUGAUAACACAAUACCCGGAACAAAACGUGAACGAGGCAUUAUUGCAUGGAACAAUGCCCACCAAAAUGAGUCAGACAACACCUUAGAAAGUGAUGACGUGUAUGGGCUGCCCUUUGGAAUUAAUAGCUGCCUCUCCUCCUUCACAUGGACCAAAUAUGUGCCCUUCUGCCCAACACACAAAGUCAGCAGACAGGAUGAAGCACCGUCCAGUUUGGAUUCUUUGGACACCAAACCAGAGCCUAACAAAGAUGAUACACACAUUAUAGCGGGGGUGGCACUAUAGUCUGUGAUGAGGACUUCCAUUUUAAAUAGGUGACAAUUAGUUCAAUGUAGAAAAGGCUCGUAAUUUUGUGACUCUUAUGUCACAUCCUGAGGUAUGGACUGAACGGAGAAGGCAGCUACCCCAUGUACUAAAAGCUGCAGUCCGUAACGUUUUUGGGUUAAAAAUGAUCCGAAAUCAAUAUUUGAGCAAGUACAAAUCCAGCCAGUGUUCAAAACUAUCUUCUUACUUUAGCCCGAUUCACAACUACUAUAAUUCACUUAUAAUAAUGUCUUCUAAUUUGAGUGGUAAGGGUAGGUUUUCGUGGGAAAUUCGAGCAUGGCACUGCGUCAUUAGGUCACGUAUGCAAACAUAAAGAAGUUGUCCCGGCUAUAGGCUAUCGCAUGUGCAGAUGCUGCAGGUGGCGGAUCGUUUAUAGCCUUUUCUCACAGCAGCUAGAAUAAUUAAAUGUAUAAUUUUGAUGGAGGAUUGUAAUCCAGAAAGGAUUAUGUGUUUAUGAAACACGUGAAUGAAAUUAGAUUAUAUUCCAGUUUAAAUGUGCUUCUGAUUACAGAUAGCCUGGGAUUACACAAGAUUUGUAAAUGAAAGAAAACCAGUUCGAAGGGAGCAUAGUUUGCUUUUUGGGUUAAAAGAAUUUCUUAAUAUGAAAUUCGAAUGGUAUGACAAUUAGAUAUUAGACUGUACAGAAAUUGAAAUCUACACGCUAAAUUACACUAGAGGUUACUCAUAGUCACGCAAAGCUGAUGUUGUUAACAUUAAUAAUUUGAGAAUAAAGUAUAACAAUAAUAAUACUUUGCACAGUUUGAAGUGAUAUGAGCUAACCGAUCUUUAGAUUAAAUCACUAUUGGUAGCGUGAUUUAUGGUAAUGCUUUUUACCUCAGUUGGGCAGAACAAACGUGGCAGACUUGUCACUUACUUGUUCAGAUGGCAAUAUACGGUGAAAAUUCUUAUUUGGGUCAUAUAUUCCAAGACGUAGGCUAGAAUCUGUGAUUGCAAAUUACAGUAAAAAUCCACACCAGUGCGAUGACUGACAGCCACACAUUCACCUCAAAACAUUACAUUCAUCAGCACUGAAGCCAUGCCGGAGCACAUCCCACGCAAGCAAGAUAAUUCCGCACACAGCUGCAAUUCCAGGUUUUCAAACAGAGAUGGCGACAAAGAGGCAAAACGUAUGGACUGCAGCUUUAAUUUUUAACUAUUUAUCUGAGGCACUGUGCAAAUAUCUCUCUCUAUUUUCAUCUAGCCAUAUAUGAAUGAUAGCUGUAAUGUUAAUGUGAAUGAUUUACUUCAGUUGUUAUUUUCAUCACUACUUCUUUUCACUGUAAAUAGUAGAUAUCUGUAACCCCUCAUCUCAACUUUUUAUAAAUAAACAAUCACCAUCAAC